CAUCUCAAAGUUUCCUUCUUCAGGACCUGCCUGAUGUUUUUCUUUAAGAGUCGGGCAAAGAUGGAGCAAAGUGAACCACUGGGAGAACCACAGACCAAGGGAGCCGAUGGGACACUCAAGGAACUGACAUCAAAAUGGUUCCUAGAGACUCAAGUGCCAUUCAUUCUUCACAAUGGCAUAUUCCCUGUUUGGUUCCUGGGUUUCAUCUCCAGAAGGGACGCUGAGGAAAAACUCCAAGACAAGGAGGUGGGCUGUUUCUUGAUACGUCUCAGUGAUAAGAACAUUGGAUACAUACUUUCCUAUAGAGGCAGGGAGCGGUGCCGGCACUUUGUGAUAAACCAAACUAAAUCAGGGCAGUUCAUCAUCUGCGGAGACACAGAAGAGCACAACAGUCUUUCAGACCUCAUAGAAUACUACAAGAUGAGCCCCAUCGAGCCAUUCGGAGAGUAUCUGACAACUUCAUGUUUUGAGGUGCUGGAUGAAGAUUUGUAUGAUACCAUCCACUUCAGCCCUAAAGAAAAGCCGGAGGUCACUGCCAGAACUGGGAAUAAUGGGCAAAAUCAGCACAUUAGCAAAACCUCAGAGCAGCCACCUGCACUGCCGCCAAAAAGCAUCAGGUCCUACGAGGAAACACCACCUUUACCCAGGAGGGCCAGGCCUGUAGAAAGUGAUCCCGUAAAUGACCAAAAAUCUGCUCAUGACGGCAUUCUGUAUGCUCAGCUGGAGAAACACUUAUUCAGGGAAAUGUCAAGAGCCCAUCAGGAGAGCUGUCAGGAGAAUUUACCAAGACACUGUCCAGGGAGACCUGAGAAGCCCACAACCCUGAAUCAGGGCUGUCCAAAGGAGAAAAUUAGCGUCUCUGGCACUGUCUACUCUGAGCUGAGCCUGCUGGACAGCAAGAGCAGGUCUCUGCCUCUUCUGGACAGUAACUCAGCUGAGGAGCGGUCUUACAAGCUGAACCCAUGUUCUCUCACCCCACCGAGACUGUCCCCCAGACCCCUCAGACAGGCCGUGAGCCAUGGCCCGCAGGUGGACAAGCGGGACAUGUACAGCAGGCCGAUGAGCAGCCACAGUCUGAAUUACCUGUGUGAUAGUCCUCUGUAUCACCUUGCUGGCAGACCUGACAGCCCACUCUCUACCUCUGAGACCAGGGCAUUUACCUCAGAGCAGAACAAUGAUCCGAUGUACGCUGAGGUCCCUGGUGAAGCCGUUCCCGUCCGCUUCCACCUUGAUAGAUAUGAGCAGAAACGUGGAUAUAGUGACGCAGCCAAGCAGCCCAACAGCAACACUUACGAGUCCCUGGAGGACCUCAGACCCAAACACACUCAACCAUCCUGGGCAACAAAGAAUGACAAACGGAAAAGGGUCUUCCCCGAGGUAAAGUGGAAAUGACGAAGACACUGCCUUGCCAGCCACUGCAGAAAACAUUUUACUUGCCCUGACACUACUACUGCUGAAUAUACACUUACGUGCUAAUAUUACGUGCACUUACGAGCUUACGUGUUAAUA